AUGUGUUGUUGGACACGACUCAGAUCCAGUCUGACACCAUAUUACCGGGCUUGGCAGAUCCAAUGCGAUGGAGAGUUCCCGCAGUGUAACUGGUGCAAGCAUCAUAAUCUCGCCUGUACCUUCAACCGAUUUCGGGCGAAUUCCGACACAGGCCACCGAGUGAUUGUCGUCGCACCCGACACACCUAAGGCGGUGAUCCCCAACAUUGCAGAUGGGCCGCAAGACCUACUUGCCCGCCCGUCAUCCCAGGUCGCUGACUCCACGAGGUCGUCGAGGAUUGGCAAUACGUUUCUGAACAACGUCACCUACCUAAGGGGGCACCAUGUAUUUUCCAACGAAGGCCAGAGGUGGAUUGAAUCUCAGGUUGGGGAAAGCGUCAACUUUGAUAAGUUGUUCUCUAUGGAGCUCCGUUGGCUGAAGCCACUUCGAUCGUAUACGGUACCUGGGGCGGACGCCCCUGCCGGUCCGCAGCUUCCAAGUAGAGUUAACGUGGAAAAAUAUGUGCAGAUAUACGGCUCAUCAUCGCAGGGUCUUGUCUUCCCGGUCAUCAGCCAGCCCGUCUUUGGCAAAACACUGGACCUUGCCUACAGUCACCUCCAGCUUCCUGGUUCUAACAGUGCUAAAUCUUGCGUCUAUGCCUUCCUCGCACUUAUUUCCCUGUUUGGCAUGGAUGACAACAUUCACGGUGCUAUGGACUGUCAGUCUUAUGCAUCAGUGGCCCAGAGCUUUCAGAUCCCGGUGAUUGAGGAGAUGACGGUUGACGGGUUGCAGACAUUGAUCAUGCUGGUACAAGUUCAAUACUUUCUGGGAGAUCUUCAGUCAGCAGCGGCGACAUUAUCCAUUGCCACGCGUCUUCUGUACACACUGGAAGCCCAUACCCUCCCCGCCAAUAAGCCCUCUGCCCCGUAUGAUAAAGGUGAUAUGAGAUGUCACCUACGUGAUCUCUUCUGGCUCUGCUACUCCUUUGAUAAAGACAUAUGUCUGAGAACGGGCCAGCCACCUUGUAUCAACGAUGCACAUUGUGACCUUACCAUGCCUCCCGAUUAUGUGCGGCUGCAUGAUCUCAAUCUCCAACAGAGUUUGCCACAGGUCGACGAGCAUCUGGUUCCACUUUUCCCAUGGGAUCUCCGUCUCUCAAUGCUCAAAUCAAAAGUGUACGAGGAUCUUUAUACCGCUCAUGCCCUCCAGCAGUCCGUUACCGAGUUGCUCUCGAGCAUCCGCGGCCUUGAUGAGGCACUUGAGCAGUGGAGGCUAUCGCUCCCUAUCGAGUUCCGACCUACUCUAUACUUCUCUCGGGAGACACCAGUCAGUGCCAAUUUGAACACCAUGGCAGUGAUCCUGCGGCUCGGCUACUAUCAUUGUCUGACUGUCAUCCACCAAGCUAGCACCAGAUGCCAGAUUCUAGAGGCUGAUCUCGCAGGACCGAGACUUGAUGGUAUCGCUUCCAGUACAAAGCUUACCAUCACCGCGAGUCGCUCGACGUUGUUAUAUCUCCACAAGGUACUACCUGUGGUAAAUCCGGAGUGCUCUUGGUAUGGGUUCACCGAUCAGCGCUAA